ACAGGUGUUUACGGGGGUUUUCAAAUUAAUCUAAAUUAAGUGUUGUCCUAAUUGCCUAUUUGUAUUUUUAGGACCAUGUCAAUAUUUUUUGAAGUUGUACCAUAGACACUCAUUUCAUAACUAUAAUUAGAUUAUAGAAUUUAAUAUAAUUAGUUAUAUUAAAGAUUCUGAUGUUUAUAUAAAAUUUCAGGUGAACGCCAUCAUAUUAUCAGCGACUGCGUUCUUAGAUAAUCUGAUUAGAUACGGUAAGGAACGAGAACUACCUGUACCAGGCGUCAUGGAAACGAUCAGAGAUUUGCUAUCGGAGAGGCUUUCCGAACACCUACCAGUGGAGAGGAACAAUAUACCGCCCGAUGUUCAACGCUUCCACGAAGCCGUGAAAGCGAUGACGGAGAUGAUAUCAUCACCUGUGUUCGUCGACGUACAACUACUGUCGUCUUGGGACGGGUACGCCAUUGAGGAAUUUGCUGCAAAAUGUCACUCAACACCGGUCGCCUGUAUCACCGUCAAGCAACCACCCGAAGAGAACCCGCAGUCAAGGAGGGACGGGGCCAAGACGCGUUACAUACAUGUCAUCCACUGCGACGAUGGUUCGAUUGACGAGUGCCAACUCGUGAGAUACACCCCGCCUCUGUUCACUGCCGGCCGAGAUGUAGUGGUCACAAAUCCCGUAAAAGCAGAUGUGCUGAAUAAGUGACUGGGCAUCAGAAGACUGGACAUAAUACACCCUGAUGGUGGCCGAUGACCACGUCAACAUACUCUUGGACGUUCAGAACUCCGUCAGGUCGCUGAUCACUGCUCUCUCGGCAAAAGGCUCGACUUUGAGAACUCCGUCAGAUAGCUGAUCACUGCUCUCUCGGCAAAAGUCCCUUGACUACCGUAGUCCGGUGAUUCAUCAUUCUUCAAGAGAAGCUUUGAGGAAAAUCUCGACCAGUCGACGAAGAUUGGAAGAUUACUAGUGACUGUUUUUUC